UGUUAGUACAUUAAAAGAAAGACGCGACAUAUGCGUCUGUCGACAAAAUCAUGAAAAUAAGAUAUAACCAUCGCGAUUUUUGUUAUUAUUUCACUUCACGAGGAUGUAUGAAUGCUUUUUGAAACAUAUGGGAAACUUAAUUUUGAAAACUGAUCGGCCUGUUUAUUGAAAAUUCUGAAAAUUUUGAUUUCAAUUGAUUGUCAUGUGACUGUCUCGGCCAAUCAAAACGCUCCGUUUCAAAGCAUCUUAUAUAGGGAAUAAUCGGCUCUGGGCUCUGAUUGCUGAGUAGGUGAAGGAAGGCAUAGGUGUUCUGACGAAUCCGUUCAAAGUUAUGGACACAAAGAGCCAUCCAACACUUAAACGGUAUCAGGAGCAUACCCAAGAGAGCAACUAAUGAUUCCUUGUGUUUGAUCUAGAAUAUAGUCUCCUAUUCAAGGAGCAACAAGUGCAAUAAUGUAUAAGGCAUGAUUGUUCAAGCAAGAUAAUCUUGAUGCGUGGUGACUCGAUGACCAGUCCUGUGAGAAGAGACUCGACUAGUGAAUACAGCAACAUGAGUGAGCCUGGUAAACUAGAGAUUGACACCGGGGCAGGGGGACCUGCAUCAAAGAUGGACUCUGCAAAACUAGAUGGUGAUAAUGAAGUAAGCAAUUCUAUGCAGAAUCAUGUUGAUGGUACACCUAGUGGCAAACGAGGUCGUCAGACCAAUCAGUUACAGUAUCUUCAUAAAGUGGUUUUGAUGAAAGGUGUUUGGAAGCAUCAUUUUGCAUGGCCAUUCCACUGUCCUGUUGAUCCUGCUAAGCUUGGCUUGCCGGAUUACUUUGACAUCAUAAAGCAUCCAAUGGAUCUAGGGACCAUUAAACAACGUCUUGAAUCUCAGUACUACACUUCAGCCAAAGAAUGUAUACAGGACUUUAAUCAAAUGUUCACAAAUUGUUACAUCUAUAAUAAGCCUGGUGAAGAUAUAGUCCUCAUGGCACAGACAUUGGAAAAGGUCUUUCUCUCCAAAGUGGCUCAAAUGCCAGCUGAGGUGAGCACACCACUGGAAGUAGACUUGACCCCUGCCAGUAAAAAGCCUCCACCAAAGAAAAAAAUUCUUGGUCCAAGAACCCCAUCUGUACCUUCACACACUAUGAAUUCUGCCGAGUCCUCAAUGGUAACUACUACAUCUCAGUCAAAAGACACGGCAUCAGUUGCCUCGAAUGCUUCAUCAACCGACACAGUUAAUGCAUCUACACCAGCUGCUAGCAGCUCUGCAGCAUCUGUAAAGACAGAGGUGAACGAUUAUCCCAGCAGAAUAAAUUCUGGAGUUCAGUCCUCUGUCAUGCCGCCUUCACAACCAACAAAGACUAAAAAAGGUGUAAAACGAAAGGCUGAUACUACAACUCCGAUUACACCAUUGGCAGCUGAUCCAUAUGAGCCAGAUUUUGAUGACGGUAUAAAGGAAGAAAAACUUCCAAAAAUGGGUUCAGUUAAAAAACUUACAAACUCUAGUGUAAAAGUGACUCCAAAUAAAAUGUUACCAAAUAAAGUUGUGACUCCUGUUGGAGGAAGUGUUAAUAUUGUUUCAACACCUGUUGGAUCUGCUGCUAAAAUAACACCAGCACGGAGGGAGAGUAAUAGACAAAUUAAAAAGCCAAAGCGAGAUCUACCUGAGGAGACGAGGGUAGAGGGUGAAUCUUCAAAAAAAAGUAAAAUGACGGAACAGCUCAAAUUUUGUCUUAAUCUGGUGAAAGAAUUCUUUACAAAGAAACAUUCAAACAAGUUGGAAAACAGACAAUAUUGUUCAGCGCAAGAGUUUGCAGAGGAUAUUCGUUUAAUAUUCACAAACUGUUAUAGAUAUAAUCCACCUGAUAGUGAUGUUGUUAUGAUGGCUAAAAAAUUACAAGAUGUGUUUGAAAUAAGAUUCUCCAGAAUGCCAGAUGAGCCGACUGGCUUAGAACUGGAAAAGUUAAACGCAAAAGACGAUUCGGCUAGUUCUAUAGGAGAGUCAGACUCUGAUAGUGGUAAUGAAAGUGAAGAAGAACGCGAAAAAAAAUUAAAGGAAUUGCAAGAUCAGGUGAAAGAGCUUCAGGACCAGUUACAAAGACUUACACAAGAACAUAUGAAUAGAUUAAAAGAAAAGACUGAACGUAAAAAGAAAAGAAAGAAAAAUCGUGAGCGUGAUAAAGAAAGAAUUGAUAAAAUAAUUGACGUUCCCACUGCUUCUGUUAUUCCCGUACCAGUGGCAACCACCACUAGUACAGACUUGAACAGUGCAAAAAAAAUUACUAAUAAAUCCAACAAAAAAGUGACUAAAACUCCGAGUGAGAAAAGAAAACGGGCGGGUAGUAAGGGUAGUGGUGGUAAAAAAGCUCUAAAAACUCCUUCUAGUUAUCCUGUUCCAUUUGAUAGUGACGAUGAGGAUAAUGCAAAACCAAUGACUUACGAUGAAAAAAGACAAUUAAGUUUGGAUAUAAACAAAUUGCCGGGUGAUAAGCUUGGUAGAGUGGUGCAUAUUAUACAGUCCAGAGAACCGUCCUUGAGAGAUUCUAACCCAGACGAGAUUGAGAUAGACUUUGAAACACUCAAACCAUCAACUUUGAGAGAGUUGGAGUCCUAUGUUAUGUCUUGUUUGAAAAAGAGGCCAAGAAGUUACACAAAGCGAACACCUGGAAAAUCAAAACAGCAGGUGCAGCAGGAAAAACGGCAAGAGUUAGAAAAACGUUUGCAGGAUGUAACGGGUCAACUUGGUGGAAGUGCAGCAAAGAAAAGUUCUAAAAAAGAAGGUGAUAAAGGUGAUAUGGAUGUCUCUGGAGGUGCAAGUCGUCUCAGUUCCAGCAGUAGUAGUGGCUCAGAGAGCGAGUCCUCCUCUAACUCAAGCUCAUCAAGUUCAGACUCGAGCGACUCUGAGUCAGGGUCUCCAAAGAAAAAGAAGAAGCACAAGAUGUUGAAGGAAAAUGGCAUGAUGUCCCCGAACAUGAAACUCACUAUAGGUGGUAACAACACAGUAAUGGUUUCACCGGAGGGCAAAAUGAGAAAUGGUUCAGCACAAAGUUUCUCUAAUAAACAACCAAACAGACCUCAGACAAGUGAACAGAAGAAAGCAGCAAAUAUCAUCCCAGCAAAAGUUCCUACUGUGUCGGUUCAGUCAGUCGAUGUGACGGCAGCUACAAACAGUACGCUGAUGGAACCAAAGCCUGAAAUAGUACAUCCUGCAGUGCAUACAUUACCGCAGCAACCUGAUAAACCCAUCACUGUACCUGCCAAUAAACCUCAAAAUAAAACAGCAGUUCCUUUAACUCUUCAUGAACGUACCUUAGAAGGUCUCUUAACUUCAUCAGCUCCUGUGAAUACAACACACACACCUCGCCAGCCUGCUUUGAAUGCACAGCCUUCAAUACCGCAACCAACCGCUCCAAAAUCUAUGGCCACGAUCCAGGCCCCGCCUCUGUCAGCUUCUCCACCAAUCAUUGUCAGCUCUCCGAUCAAAAUACAGCAGGAUAAAGAGUUUAUGCCGGCAGCAGUGACUAAACCAUCUCAGGAGAGGAUAGCCGAGCCAUUGGCGACGUUCUCGAUCGGAGAUGAUUUACCUAAUUCUAGUCCGAAACAUGUAAAGCCACCGCCACCAGGGGCUACUCAUUUGGCAAGUGGUGUUGGUGUAAUGUUGAGUCAUGGGGGAGGGUCUGCUGGCUCACUUGAACAAAAAAAGUCAGAAUUAGCAAAGACACCAGUUACUGCUCCAAAAAAGCCAGCUCAGGAUUCCAAGGAUAUUAAGCUAAAGAACACCGGAUCUUGGGCAAGUCUUGCAAAACUGAAUGAUUCUACCCCACAAUCAGCCAAAAAGCAGGAGUCUGCGAAGAGUUUUGAGUUGUUCAGGAAGCAGGCUCAGGAAAAGGAGAAAAGGGAGAAAGCCAUCAAACAACAGGAAGAAUAUCGAAGAUUGCAGAAAGAGAAAGAAGAGAAAGAAAGAAUAAGACAAGAAACAGAAAGAAAGCGAGAAAGAGAAGAGGAGGAUGCCCUAGAGAUGGCACGUACAGCCCAGAUACAACAGACAGAGAAAGAUCAACAACGUGACGCAGACAAGCUGAAAGCCGAGAGGGAGAAGGAACGAAGAAGAGAGCAGGAGAGGAGACGAAGACAGGCAAUGUCCAAUCAGAUUGAUAUGAACGAGCAGAGUGCGCUGAUGGCAAAGUUUGAGGAUGGUUUGUGAUGCAAAGUUACAAAAAAAGGACAAACUUUGGGAACCUAUACAAAUAUGUGCUGGUCGCUAGAAAAUACUUUCAGGUUGAGUGCGGGAACAUAAUCUGAAGAAAGUGCUGCAUUUGAGUGAAAUAUGUCAUUAUUUAUUAUAGUGUGUUUUACAUAAGCCUUACGAGAAUCCAUUUUAGAAAAUAAAUAAUAGAAUAACACAUUGUCUGAAAUAAAAGCCAAGGCAGGCUUACAGUGUAUAUGAUUAUAAUUAACAUUUUAAAGUUAUUCUUUGAAUUGGUAUGAUGAAAUUUUCUUAUAUGUGGAAACAGUUAUAAGUGAUGCUGUAUUACUCUAUAACUAAGACAUUCACUAGAGUAAGUGAUGUUAAAGAAAUUAAAACAAAAAAGCAAUCUCUCCAAGGAAUGCUCAAGGCAGGAAAGAUUUUUUCCGGGUGCUUUAUUUAUCGUCGUCACCAUAGCAGGCAUAGCCAUCAAACUGGCGUUACACAAGAUUGAAACAUGGAGACACGGAUAGGCGGCUUUAUUAUGAAUUCAUUGUGAUUAAUUUAUAAAAUUAUUCAUAACAAAGUGCAAGACUGGUCAGAUAUUGAUCAGGAAUUUUCAGCUUCUAUGAAGACUUAGUCUUUUGCAUAGAUUUUGUUUACAAAUUUUCAUUGAAUUUCUUAGCAUGAAAAAUCUCUGUGUGUGGAAAUGUUUUCCAACUAUAGACAGUGCUUCUUUCUAUCAAAUAGCUUGCAGUUGCUACUUAUGGAAGCAAUUGGUUUGUUCGAAAUGUAUAUAUAAAUUUAUAACAUGUGUAUCAAAUUCAUCCUUUCUUUACAGUAUUAAUAUUAAAUAAGGAAUAUCAAUGUUAAUAAACAGAUUUCUUAACUUCGGUUAUACUGGUAAAUAUAUUUAUAUAUUUAAUGAGAUGUACAUGUAUAUAUAUCACUAGGAUGCUACAUGAUGCCUCAUAAAAAGUAUAAUUUGAAGGCUUAGAUUUGCUCAAAAUUUGAAUCCAACAAGUAGUUUUCUUAGAAUAUUUUAUUCAUACACAUGAUUGAACCACUCCCCUUUUUCUGGCAUUCACCAGCUUUGGAAUAUUGUUCAUUAAUGAUUAUCAAUAUAGACUGCUUAAGAAAUGCUUUGUACAUUUUCCCCUAUUUUCUGAUCUCUUGAUAUCUGUAUUUCAGGUGGAAAUUUAAUGCAAGAGGAACGUUUAAAGUUCUAUGUUGAUAAAAAAAUCAAUGCUUGAUAUUUGUGAAUAUAAAUUUUCAAGUUUUAACAUUUUUAUAAGUACAAGCUUUUUCAUCAUCACUUUUUUUUUCAAAGGGAGUUUACUCUGUACCAUGUCCAUAGUGUAUAGAAUUAUGUCCCUUAGAUUACAAAUUAUCCCAACCUUAUACAGGUAUAACAUGCAUGCUAUUCUGUAAAUUAGUUGUUUCAUAUAUGAAUAUGUUUCUUGAGAACAGAAUAUGAUAUUUUAUUAUUUUGUAAACAAUUCCGGUUUUGUGCAUUUGUUAAGGGGAAAACACUGGCUUGUGUUUUUUUCCAUAUUGCAUAUGUUGUGUUCAUUUCUCCAGUGUGUUGUAAAUCAUGUGUAAAUGAAAAAACGAAAACAAAGCAAAAUUUCUGUAAACUUAAAAGUUGUUGUUAAUUCACUUCUCAUCUGUAAAUGACCAUUUAGUUGAUCAUCUUGUAUGUUGUAUUAGUACUUGUCAAAGAAAAAGACGAUAAAAACAAAUGUAUACCUAUCAUUAUUAUAUACCUAGCAUUAUAUAGUGUCAUUAGUGAUUCAGACUUAAUGUCUUACAGAAUGUUCUUUUGCAAAUGUACUGUUGCUGUGAAAUUAAAUUGGUUUUAAUGUGAUAAGAAACUAGAAUUUCUUACCUAUAUGUCUUUUGAAGGAAUGUUCACAUAGCUGGCAAGUGAUUUUCUUCUUUUACCUCGGUUUAGGAAAAAAAGUAAUCGGCAGUAACUUCUACAGUAGCUAGUGAUGUCAGCUGGUACUGGAGUAUACACUGUAUUUUGUACUGAACAGUUAAAACCUUCUCCUCCCCAAUGCCUUAGAAUUUGGAAUCCAACUCGGAACAGUGUUUUACGAAUUGUUGAAAAUGUUUCAAAAGUCCGAUUUGAAAGAAAGUAUGAAAAAAAUUAGUUCACAUGAUAUUCAGUAAAUUCUCACUUUCAUCUAUUGUCAUUUUUAUAAUUUUUGUUUUUCAUUGUAGUGAAUUUGUCACAGGUAUUAAUUACGUGUAUGUUCUGCAUAUAUUUUUUUUCCUUUUCUUUUUUUUUAAAAAAAUAUUUCUAUCAUUUAUCGAUAUUUGAUUAUAAGUUGUUGUUUUUCUUUUCUAACUUUGCUGUAUAUAAUUCUGAAGCGUAAUAUAUACUUUGUACAUAUACAAACACACCUCACUUCAGUGAGUCCAUUUCACUGUUACUUUAAUGCAGGAAGACUACAUUUGUUGUAAAUUGUACAUAUAUAUCUCUCUUUUUUGUCUAGACUGCUUAUUUGAAAAAAAAUUAUGCGAACUUUAAUAAUAAUGAUUAAAAAAAAAGAUACCUACAUAACUUUUUUUUUAUAAAUUGUGUAAUUUGCUUUUAUUGCUUUCUACAACAUAAACUGUAAUGGUGUUUGUUAUUUAAAGGAUUAAGCCAUGAUUAUUUAUUGAAAUAAAGGGAAAUUAUGAUUUAGUCAUGCAGACAGACUGCGGCCAAAUUAUCACAGAAUAUUCAAUCAUGCCAGCCUCAGUUGAUGAAGAAACCUUCUAGGCUUUAUAUUGUUAGCUGACUUAAUUUUUACAUUCCGGUCUUGAUAUCCCCAAAAGUAAUAAGACAUUUUCCAAGAAGGACAAGUCCACUAACCUUUACCUUGCUGAAGGCUAAAGUGAUAAGUCUUUGCCGCCAGUAUAAAGCCAGGCUGCACAUCCGUGAAUUUCAAAUUCUGACCUUGAUAUACCCUAAAAUUGAUAAUGAACUGUUCCAAAAUGAAAUUGGAAAAGUCCCAUUUGAGAAACUAGGAAUGUUAGGUGUUUAUCAUUAAUAAUGUGGCCAACAUAGUCAUUAUAUAAAGUUAUGCUCUCUUGUUUAUGUUACAUUUUGUUCCAAUAAUUUCUAUUAUACUUUCAUUAUUACUUAAUAUGUUUUUCUGCUGUUGUUGUGUAACUUAAAAUAAAUAAUUAAAACUAAACAGUGAUUUGUAGAUAUGGUAGUCAAGUGAUGUUGUUACUCAUUUACAAAUAUUCUAUUGUGUUUGUAUUUACUUGUUUAUUUUCAGAGAAUAUUAUGUUGUUUUAUUUAUUAAAAUACAAUAGAUAAAUUGCUUGCAAAAUGAUAAGUUGAACUGUAUACUUUAAAACGUGUUCUUUAUUAUUUUUUUUAUAUCUGUAUAAUUAUGUUCCCAUGUAUUUCACUCUUUUUUACCUUUAUCCAAUUUACAAUUUUACAGUUACCGGACAACAAUUCUUAAGGUAAUCUUUUGUACAAAUCGCCUUAUAAAUUUUCAAAUGAAAUCAAGUGUUUUUUUUACAAAGAUGAUGAACUGAAAAAGCAUUUUUUUAACUAAAAGAUUAAAAUUUUAUUUUGGAAACUGCAUUUAAAAGGAUAAGCGUUACAUGGAAUAUAUUGUUCAUUGAAUUAAGGUAAUAAAACAUUGGAUAUGAUACUGGAUUUUACCAGUCAUUUUUAAAAAUAUUGGAAACAUUUGUCGAUAGUGAUUUUUGAUUCUUUAUCAAAAUCAUAGUGUCUUAGCAAAAAAGUUCUUUGAAUGUUGGAGCAUUUGUGGAUCUAUCAGCAGAUCCGAUCUUAGUCACCAGUGAAAAGGCAUGGUCAGACUUAUUACACAUUUGUUUAACCUGAUAAGGCUGUAUUCUGUGAAGUGGCUUAAUUUUAGUAUUUUUAUACUGACCUACUGGAAGUAGAAUGAAAUGUUCCAAUUCAAAGCUGGACAAAUUUUAUCAAACAAAAUCCAACAAGGAAAGGGGUAAAAAGGGAAUCUUAACAGUUCUUUCUUAAUUGUUUUUAUUCUAGUCUUAAUAAAGGGCCUUCAAGGUCAAGUUAAAGGUCAAGGUUACUCACUCAAUCACUUUAUAGUUGCCAUUGAUCGAAGUUGUCAUUACACUUGUUUUUAUUAAAAAAGAUACAUUGCUUAAAUUUUCAUGACUAACAUCUUUUUGAUGUGGCCUUAAAUGUACAUGUACAUAAAAUUCAAAUGGAUAAAUUAUAAGAAAAUGACAAGGCAUCUGUUUUUUGUUUUCAUGAAGUACAUGGUUUAUUUUUUUAAAAAAAAAGGUGUCUAGACAAUAUUGCGUUAAAUUUUGUAUAAUUUUAUGACACUGUUGCGAUUAAUUUCAAUUAUCUCAAAAUGUUACAUUUUUGGUCUUUCUUUUCAGGUUUUUGUUUUAUGUUAAUUGAAUUGUCUUGAUUUACAUUUGAUAGUAAUAAACUACAUGUAGUUAACAUUUCCAUUAAAGUCAAAUUUCCAUUUGAACAUUCUCAUUGCAGAUAUCAACUUUAUAUUGUUGUGUUAUUUCUUGACUUCUGUAAAUACCGACAGAUUUUUGUAUGUGUGUGUGUGUUUGCGUUUAAUACAGUCAUUUCUUUGAUUGAAGGUACCAUUGCUAGAAUUCUGCAUUAUUUGAACAGAUGUUAAUAUUCCAGAUCAAUGUUCAUCCAGUUUCGGAACCGAAAAGGAAUCAAAACUUUAUUUUACAGUACUAAUUUAUUCUUUCAGAGAAAAAAAUGAAAAUUUUCAAAAUCAUUUUGAUUUCUGUAAAAACAAGUAGUUGAAUUGAAGGCUGCUAUCUUCUGUAUGGAUAGAUAAGUCAUGUUUAUUUUUGCAAGUGUAUUCAGAACAGAUUGACAUACCUUAUUCAAAGAUAGAUUAUUGUUACUGUCAUUUUAGAUUUUAUUUAUUUUUGAGCUACUUUAGCAAGAAAUACCUUUAUAAAGCAACCAUUUAAGUAACUGUGCAUUAUUUGCCUUCUUAAAAAUCAUACAUACAUAUCACAUGGACGGUACAAGUGAUUUUGUGUAAGUUCUGUUUUGAGUAGAAGUGAUUAUUUGUAUAUUUAUAUGCAUAAAUGUCUGAAAACAUCAUUUUUUGGAAUACAAAUGAACACAUAUGAAAAAUAAAAAUGUGAGAAAAACAGAAAA